UGCGGUCGUCAUUGGGCGUCGGGACGCCGUGGCGACGCGGUCUCGGCUCGAAAGCACGCUCGGUUCGCGAGCACGCGCGCGCCAAGUGUGUUCGAAACGCGACACGAGGCCGAGAGAGUAGUGCGCGACUUUUGCCGCAUCGUUUUCUGCAACCACGCUCACCACCCCGUCCUACCCGAGACUCGCCACACUUUUACACCCAUACGCGACAGAAUCGUGUAGAAUCGAAAAAGAAAGGAGAGAGUUUGGUGCGGAUUUUCGUUUAGUUUCGACACCGUCCAGGCACAGCAUCGUGGCAGUUUUUCUUCGCCUGAUCCGCGUCGCGAGUGAUCGAUCGACGAUUCUUCUUCUUCUUCUUUUUUCUUCUUCUUCUUCAUCCGCGAUCGAGUUGAAGAGGAUCGGGUUCGAGGUGCGUCGAACGCGGUUCACGCCACGCGAGUUACCUCUUCGAGCCCCUUUUUGCUAGUUCGUCAUGAGUCGGGAGUUUGGUCGGAUCGGUGGCAUUUCGUCUUGGGAAACGGCGAGAAAAGUGUUUCGAUAGAAUCUUCGAGUAAAGUGUGCGCGUUUUGCUUUUUUUUUUUUUUUCUUUUGAGUAACAAGGAAGAGGAGAAGGUGGUAGGGAGAAGGAGAGAGGAGGAUCACCGGGUGGAAUCCGGUGUGGAUACAACGACGAGGGUUGGGCCCGGUUGGAUCGAAUCGAAGGUGGAGGAGACGUCGCACGAUGAGACGGACGACGAGAGAAUGUCGCGCGGACGCCGCGGGAUUCGUCUCAGUCGUCCGACUGGUCGUCCGGUGGCCGUUGAGAGCGUCGAAGAGGAACGCGUUCCGGAAAGGGUGAAGGGCAGCAGGCCGUCCUCGAUGGUGUGUCAUGAUCUGAUGGGACGAGUCAUGUCACGUGUCGUCGGGACGCUGCUCGCGCGCUCCACGCUGGUCACGAGCGUCGCCGCGGCCCUCGUCCUACUCUUCUGCUGCUGCAGGUGCACCCGCGCCAGCGAGUUUCCGGAAAGAGAAUGUUGCGACCUGAUAUUCCCGAUCCCGGAACCGACCGGGAGAUCUACGUCCGCGCCCACACCAACGGGCAGAAGCGGAUCCGACAUCAAAGUACCGGUUGCAAUACUGAACUGUCUUUACGCGCGUCAAUUGUGCUUCGAGGAUGCAUCCUGCAGCGCCAUUCUAGAGAUCAUACCGAGGGUCUGUGGUCCAGAACUGGUGGCUUGUUCGACGGUGACAGUGACAAAGUGUCAAGCGGCCCUGCACACUCUGCAAGCUUUCCCUUUCUUCCGCCCAACGUGCCUCUGCAGGGAACCGCAUGUAGACCCGGAUUGUAACAGUUUCCAGAACUUCCUCUUCGACCACCCUUGCAUCUACGUCUUAAAGAAGGAUAAGGAUCCGUACCCCAUCGACGCGCUGCCGACCUGCAAUCAUGCGCUGAGCGUCUGUUUACGCGGCAAACCGUGCAGCCAGAUUUACGAGGACUUCAAAAGCAACUGCAAAGCGCGGGAGGGGAAAUGCAGGAUGGAGAGCCGGAGCGCCUGUCACGAUUCCUGGACCCAGCUACGACUGUCACCGAUGUUCGGCUGCAUUUGUCCCAACAACCACAUGAAAAGACGCUGUGACAGGAUUUUCUCCACGGUGAAUCACAAUCCCUGCGUUGAGUUCCUGCCCUCCUCCACCUCCGUAGACCUGUCGGGCACGGACUCGGCCCUGUAUCCGUUCGACCCGCAGCAGGAGAGCUACCAGGAGAUCUGGUUACCGCCGACCAGUAUGUACCCCUAUUUUCUGUUCCCCGGGGCCGCGCGCACCUCGUACUACGACCACGAGAGCACGUACGACGUCCAGGAGGCGGGACAGGGGCGUCAGCACGGCCACCGCCAUCAGCACGGUCGUCAUCAAGAAGCACCGGAGUUGCCUGGCAGGCCCGGUGUCCUCGUGGUCGAGACGUACGAUCCUCGUGCCGAUCGCGACGAGGACCGGCAGGAGGCUCGUGCUGGUACCGACGACGAGCAUCGGCCUCUGUACAGGGAGAAAGAUACGGAUGGUCGUGAAAUGGAGGGAUCUAAGAGCUUCUAUGAUCGCGGCUCUUCUUCUUCUUCCUCCUCUUCUUCUUUUUCUUCUUCUUCUUCUUCUUCUUCAUCUUCUUCCUCUUCUUCUUCUUCUUCUUCUUCUUCUUCCACGUUGUCCAAGCAUGAUCGUGCCUCCAGCACAGUGCACCUGCAGCCAAGGCACUCCCAAAGCGAGCAUGACGCGCACCUGCACCAUCAUCACCAUCACCACCAGCACCACCAGCACCACCCCGCACCACCCGCACCACCGUCCGCCGCGACGUCGUCUUCGUCUUCGUCUUCUUCGUCGUCGUCGUCGUCGUCGUCAUCGUCGUCGUCGUCGUGGUCGAGUUAUCCGCCGCCGGCUCGUCCAACGCCUACCGUGGACGAGACUAAACGAAUCGAGGGGCCCGAGCUGGUGCAUCCGAAGAAAUUCGCACCGAGGCCCACCUACGAGCACCGGGCAAUCUUCGAUCGCGCCGACGACGACCUCGAUGACGAGUUGAGGAUCGGCGCGCUACCAGUCGACCGGCUCUUCGAUCUCCGCGAGGCCUUCGAAGGGUUCGUCGACCAAGUGAAGGUCAUCUCGCAUCCGGACAACUCGACCAGCUUCGAGGUGAUCGAGUCCCAGCUCGAGAACCCGUUGAUCGACGCUGAUCACCACGAUCUGGUUGCCAUGAAGCAGAUACCUGUUCCUGGUGGACAUCAUCACAAAACGCAGCACAAGAGAAAUCAGACGGACGACCGUAAUCAGACGUCCGUGGUGUUGCCAUCCGCCUCCUCCGAUCUCGAUAAGAUACAGCAACCGGUCAAGAUCGUGCUCUCGAGCACUUGCCAUCAUGCCUACAAUGCUUGCAAAAACGAUCCAGAGUGCAAGGUACUUCUCGAGCCGGUGUUGAACCAUUGCGACUCGACGAGUUGCGCGAAGAACGAGUGCAUGGAAGCGUUGCAGAAUUUCUACAAAUCCGCCAACUAUAAACACUCUGUUGAGAUCGCGUUCUGCCUGUGCAGGAAAACGGAUGGAAAGAAGGACGAGUGUAUAAUAGCGCAGGAAAAAAUGCAUCCUGCCUGCGCGCAGCGAGUGGAGGGCGCGGAAAUGCCGACGUGUCACAGUUUGGCGGAAGCUUGCAAGGAGCACGAAGCAUGCAGGGCGAAAUUGGAGUACUACGAGCAAAAUUGCGCCGUGGAUAGUGUGACAAAGAAGUGUGCUGGUCCAACUGCGGAAUGCAGGAAAGCGAUGCUGGGCAUCCUUGGCACGGAAUUGCGGUCAAACUGCGCGUGCAAGGGUACGGAACUCACGCAACUUUACGACUGUCUGGGAUGGCAGAGGCUCCUCUGGGUCAAUCCUUGCGUGGUCGAGUCCCAGAAGGAUUACCACGCGAGGAGGAAACACCAUCAUUACCCGAGGACCACGACGACUACCGUCUUGUCAACGACCAAGUCGCCGGUUAGCACAACGACGGUCACAACCGUGGUCGAGCAAGUAGAGGAUAAUCAAAUACCGGAAGUGACGAGGUGGACAACCACCGAACCCACGGAAACUUGGGAAAUCACCACCACUAGCAGCACCACCGUUAGUACCACACCCACCACCACCACCACCACCACUACGCCGCCUCGCUUCUGUGUGGUUCAAAGGCCGAGGCAGAGUCACCAAUACAUAAGGGAGGGCGAAGGAAAGAGGCUGUAUCGCGAGGAUGAACCAGAAUGUUCCGAGUUGUGCCAAUGCGGCGAGGGCGAAGUUUUGAUCUGCAACACGAUCUGCGUGGAUUCAUCGCCCUGCAAGACGGACUUCGCCUUCUACAAUCACGAAGCACCGGCGUAUCAGGCGCAUCGCGGACCCUGCCUUUGCUAUAGCGGUCGUUUCAUAUGCAUGCGGCCAUCACCCGACGCUUACUCUAUACCGCACGGGGUUUUCAUGUUCCUGGGCUACAGCGAAAAGGACGAGAGUUUGUUGCGACGGCACAAUAACCUCACCGUCCUGGACGCGGUAUCGUCCCUCGAUAACUUCAUGAGAGAAGAAGUUAACAAUCAGACAGUGUGCACGCUGUUCCUGUACAACGCGACCCGAGAGAACGUGAUUGCAGUGGCGCGUCUCGGGACUGACAAUCCACCCUUAAAUAGCAGCCAAGCUCAAAGUCUGCAGCACCUUCUGCGCGUCAAGGAGGAGUGCUUCUCGAUGCUGCAGGACCUCAGCGACAAGAUAAACAACAAGCACCACGAGGUCCAUACGCACCCGUUACUGUCCAUCUUCAAGAUGGCCGAGGUCGAGGUCAAGUUGCCGUACAGCAACGAGGUCGGGUGUCUGUCGGGGUCGUCGAGCUUGCCGCUGGUCGCGAUACUCCUGCUGCUCACCCUGUUUCGGUCGGCGUCCACGUGCCUGGUCGCCUCGUGACACCAACGGCCCGCAUCCGAUCCCCAGCGAAUUUUCUCGAACGCCUAGAAAAUGCUGCAACGAGACGGCCCUCGAGAUCGAUCAUCAACGAAGCCGCAAGUUCGUUCAACGGGGCUCUAAUCUUCGUGCCUCGUGGAUCAGGACGAGUAUCGAGAAGUUUGAGAGUCGAGUUGCCGCGAUUCGAGGAUCGUGCGUUCCUCCGUCUUUACUUUCUCCCCUUCGAUCGAUCCUCCUUUAUUAACUUAAUAUCAAUUUAAUUUCUCAUCGAUCGACUGCUCCGUUUCCCUUCCACGACGAUUCCAAAUCGAUUUCCGUUCUACAAUACCAUCGUAGCUGGGAUCAAUUUUUGUCGCGGAAGACGCGAGAUCUUUAUUGCCGCGCAAUAACGCGGGUGGCAUCGACGAAACGGCCGUUCCGCGCGGCUACGUGGUCAAUAAUAAGAGCGAUCCCAUAUGCAGGGAAUGGGCGUGGAUCCAAACACGUGGCUCCCUUUUAACCCCCUCGCUGCUGGAUCAGCGACGAUAUUGCAAGCCGGAUCCCGAAACGACCACGGUCAUUAGAAUCGCGCGAGGAAUUUUCUUCUCCAAGGAAUCGCCUCUCGAUAAAAGAAGUUUAAACGAGAAACACGUAUAUCGAGGAUAUAUUAUUUUUUCCACGGUAUCAUAUUAACAUUUUUGAAAUUUUUAGGAAGAUCGUUGGAAAUUCUUCUCUCGAUUUAUAAUUUUUAUAACGAAAUUCCAUUUCGCUCGAGUCUUAAGUUUUCUGUUAAGAACGAGAUACCGGAUCCUCGAACGAACGCAACGCGUGUAUAAAGGAAGCACCGUAGUGAGUCUGUAAAUGACAAGCGCUAAUUUACCGUGUAAUUAAAAUAAGCUAGCAGAAAACGCGAACGCUCCUCCUGUAUCGGACCAUUAGGUGUUUAUUAACAUGUUGUUCAGAGCUAAAUCUAAACGAGCGUUUUUUGAGGCAUGGCGCAAGAGUGUGUAGAUAACUUGUAGAUUGUUAAAUAGACUUAAAUAAAAAGAGGAAAGGGAAGGAUGUGAAUGAAACGGCUGUUUCUCACCGCGAGUUUUUUUUUUAUUUUCUAAAAUUAGAAUUAAAUUAUUGCAAAUUUAAAGGGGAAAAAGUGUAUAAAAAUCGAAAAAUAAUCAUUUUUUCCAAAACAAAAUUUUUUCUUCCAGAGAGGCAAACUUGUAUCUUAUUAUUAGAAUUCGUGAAUAGAAAAAAAAAAGAAUUUCGUGCCUAUUGUAUAAUUGAUCGAGGAAUAACGCGAUCGAUUCAAUUAUGUUUUUAACCCGCGAUUAAAAUGGUGGCUGCUCAUGGGCGUAGCUGCGUAGUGAGCGAGAGACAGCCGCUUUGAAACGGUCGAUUUGUCAGAGGAGAGAAGAGAAAGAAGCGGAGAGAAACUUCUAAACAGGUUCCCGGAUGCACGACGCGAAAACGCACGAGCUGAAAAUUAUUCAAAAAACUCCUGGUUCCGCUCGUCGGCUCAAUUAUAAUCCCGGUCGAAUCGCGAUAUUCGAAAUUUUUCAAUAAAUUCAUUUUCAAAACUUUCAUCUGAAAAUUUCAUUUCAGUUUUAUUAAAAUUUCGACAAAAAAGCGGAUAACGCGAUUUUCUGCCCGAUCGAUGGAAAAGUUGUAAAAGUAUUUUUCCAAAUUUUUAUUCAAAGAUUUCCUUUCGAUGCAAAGAGCGGAAGAAAUAAUUUUUCAAACAAUUUGAUCGAUGGAAAAGUUGUAUUUAUAAUUCUGGAAAUAUAAUUUCAAUAGAAAAAUUCAUUUUAUGAGAGCGAUAUUCCGUAUUCAUAAGUUAAAAAUUAAUUUAUAUGAAACAACAGUUGCAACAGUUUUGACAGAUUCGAUUCAUUCACGUUACACGAAUUUGAAGAAGAUACAGAUACACCAGUUUCCUAUAUAACGAAUAUUUAAUUUUGAUUUCGUUUAUCAAAUUUUCUUCAUCGAAUUUCCUAGUAGAUUUAUGUAUACGACAAUUUUACAUAUUUGCACAAAGUUUAAACAAUUUCAAACUCGAAUAUAUAUAUGAAUAUGUACUAAUUCAAAGACAAAAGAUUCGAAAAUUGUCACGGAUCGAAAAAGCGGUUUAGUUUCCGCGUGCCAAGCCGCGGCUCGAGUUUGAAAAGAAGAAUUUAAACCAGAUGAGGGUGUGACACGUUAAAGCGUGGGAAAGGAUUGCCGACGAGUGUUAGGAACGAGGAUGAAAAGAAACGACUCGAGAAUGGGAGAGAUUCGAAAAUUUAGCGUGGAAUUAAUUGUGCGUGCAUCCGCGCACCUCUGUAAAAAGUGUGAAGGUGGUUGAAGAAGAUUCCAGCUCGCGCUCGUCCGAAAAUAUAAUCUGAAAAGAACUUUUUUCUAUUCCAUACACGAUCUUUAAAAAUCCUUUAAAAGUAUCGAAAAAUCUUAACUCCUCUUAUAUAUACCGACUUACAUAUUUUCCAUAGCUUCGAUUUAAUUCUUUCUUUCCGCGUUAUUUCAUAAAUAAAUCAAUUUGUACAUUUUACAACAAUUGAAAAUUGACUUGUGUCGCAUCGCAGGAGAAGAAUAAAUUCAGAAAUAAUAAUAAGAAAAUCAUCUAAACACGUUUGAAUUCCUAAUAUUGAUCCUUAACUCGAUUCGCUAUUUAUUAUACUCAUUCUCCACGGUGCAAUAAAUGCACAAUACGAAAAAGUAGAGCUCAACUAGCGGAUUUAUUUCAACGUCUCAAAUGUAUCGACGUACGUAUACUUCAUAUCCUCUCCCUUAUAUUUUUCGGACACGUUCCUAGAAUUAUAAAGGAAACCGUGGUCGCGAAAAACUUGGCGGAUCGCGUCCGUGCAAUUAGUCGAAUUUCAGGUAAAGGACGAACGUGAGCUGGAUCGAAUGGUACGUGACGUGGUUAUCGGCAAAGCAAUAAUGUAUAAAGUUUACGAUCCACGGGCACGUCGCUCAAAAACAGGGGUGUAGGGGGGUUAACGGUUUAUAUAUCCGGGGCGAGAUGUAUAAAUUAUACACGUUAUACAUAACAAGCACGUAGGAGAAACCCUAAUAAUAAAUGUAACGCGUAAAUGUAUGUUAAUAAUUCGCGGCGAAAAUCAUGAGAGGAAACGAACGAAUCUCUUCUGAAGAAUAAUCGAAUAAGAGAUUUCGGGGCGAUUUGGAAAAAUGAACGACGGAAUCGAAUAUGCGUGAAUGUGUGUGUGUGUGCGUGUGUGUGUGUGCGAUGUGUAUACUUGUCCUUUGUUCCGCGAAGCACGGAAGACUUUGGUCGGCCGAUGGACGGCUGCUUAUAAAGUACCUGUCCCACCGAUAAGGAAAGAUUCCAAGGUUCUCAGGCGUAAUGGAACGGUUGCACAAAUUUACGUUUGUACCUUGGGCACAGAAAUCGAAGCUACACCAAACACGCACACCUUUGCGAUCGUUUCCGAGUUUCUACGCGAUUUACGUUCGGCACAAGUGUACAUAAAUUACUAGGCUCGCGUAUAUUCGGCAGCUUUCCACGCGGGGAUACAUUCGUGUGGCCUAACUCGUAUAUAUAUAUAUAUAUAUCGUUUAUAUUGUUUGCUUUUGACGUUUCGUUCUUUUUUUUUUUUUUACGCACACUUUCGUGCUUCGUGGACAAGAUGGAUAAGAAUGAUGUGUGUAUAACGAGGAAGAGAGAGAAAAAAAAUAGGCGAAUUCUUAUGCCGGGUGUUUAAAUGCAGAGAGAAGAGUUGGCGAGGAAUAAGUUGUUUCUUCCAAUAAGUUACGCUCGUGGGUCUUCGUAUGUAAUUGCCCGAUUCUACCUGCCACGAUUCACUGUCGAGAUUUUCGCAGUUCAAACAUAUCCGUAUGAUGUAAGAUGUUACUCGUUUUAUCAAUGACACUUUGUACAAAUGAUCACAUUUCCCUCUUCUUGUUUUUUUUUUUUUUAUUAACUCAAAGAUACGAAGGCUCAUAUUGAAAUCAUACGAUUACAAAAAUGACGUUUCGUUGUUUUGAAGUUUCGAGGAAAGCUUCGAGUGCUUCGCGAAAAAAGAAGCGAUGGCAAUAAUUUACAGAACGCCAAGCGUACAAAAAAAAAGUAAUUAAAAAGUAGAACGAGAUUGAUCAAGCAAAAGUUGUUUCAAAAACUCGUAUCGCGUCGCCUCGAAUGCGAGAUCGACGAAAAACAAUUCGUGAAAAUACACGGUGGUUUCAAUCGAACAUAUCAAGACCUCUUAGAAGUGGUCAGCCAAUAAGCGGUUUACUCUGGUUUCACGUAGUUUCAGUUUUUUCGAUGCUUUUUUCGAACGUGGGGACACGAAAAACGUGCAAAAAUGGCCCAUUCGCGAUCCGUUGCCAUUGCUCCAGGGAUUUCUUCGUGGUGGAUAAACAAUUCGAGACUUUUUGCUGAAGAAAAAAGAAAGAAAGAAAGAAAGAAAGAAAAAACUAUUUUGUUGAUCCUUCUCUCAUUUCGUCCAAUCGAAUGAAAUUCGGUUCGAAUCUUCGCCAACAAGCUAGUAAUCUUAUCGACCGAGCUCGUUCGAAAGCCUCCCUAGAUAUCUAGGGGAAAAGCUCUGCGAGGAAGAAAUACCUGAACAUGGCAAUACUGUUACCGGCAAUCCCUACGUUUAAAAACUAAUCGCGGAUGUAUUAUCGCGAGGCGAGAACGCUACAAAUGUGGCAGGGGUCAGAAAAUCGAUUUUCCACGUGUAACAUACUGCGUGGUCCUCUCGUAUUCGAUUCCUUAGGUAGUAAGUAAGCUCACUGAAAACGUUCCUGCUUUACCGACAGCGAGAAAUGUAUCGUCGUUCAGUAUUAACCCCCGCUUUAAUAACUAGUUUCGUGAGAAAACUACCUCAUUCUUGAUACCGCGGAAUUCUAGAUAUCGACCAGGGCUACGCCAAGCCUUAGAGAUAUAUUUACCAUGCAUCAGUCGUUAUACUGGUGAAAGAUAUUACAUUUUUCUUAGGCAUUUUUAUUUAGUUGAUUAACAAUUAACUUUUAAAAACAUCAAUAUUUUCUGACUUAGAAUUUAUAUCUUUUAUAAUCGAUAUAUCUUGAUUAUUUCUACCCUAGAAAUAGAGUUAGAUAACUGUUUAAUUUUUCGAUAGAAUAAUGAUGUCAAUUCGCGUAAGCCUCCUAUGAAGGGCGGUAAUUCCUCGAAGUUUUCCGUCGGUAAACCAGAACGGAAGCUCAACCUCUCCGACUACACACUUAAACAAUUACUAAACGCGCGCAAUUAUAUAUAUAUAUAUUACUAAUGUGCGUAUACAUAUAUAUACAUAUAUGUAUAUAUAUGUAUAUAUAUAUACAUAUAUAUGUAUAUAUAUUUUAUUACUCGAAAUGCACUCUGACCCCGGUCACGCGUGUAAUAUAAAACAUACGAUUACGUAAUAUAAAUUUAAGUAGCGCACCAUUCAAGAUGCUUGAUCCUUCCUAAACGACACACACGUAAAUCCUCGUACGGUCGCCCAGUUAUGGAGACCUCUCGUCUCGUAAGCAGACAUCUAGGUAUACGUUGUAUCUAGUGCAUCGGUGAAAAAAGAUGAGUCGAUUACGUUUUAUCGCUCUAUAUGAAAUUUCAACAUGUCAAUUUAUUCUUUUCUUUAAAUAUACGAUCAGUCGUUCACGUAUCUUACUUACGACUUUAUACGAAAUACGAAUAUUUAAAAUAUAACAAAUUAUAAUAUGGAGCAAUUUUAAUAGUUCAAAAGGGAAAAUUUAUUCCUUAAAAUUUGCUUAUCUUUCCUUGAUACGAGAGAGAUGAAAUUUUAAGUUUGCACAAAAAUAUAUAAAAACUUUCAUUUCUGCAUUACUUUUCCUAAAAAGUACAAAUUCAGCGCCAAAAUUGUAUUCAAAACGUGAAAAGUGCCGAAACCUUAAAGGGAUUUACAUCAUUUACCGAAUGAGAAGUUUAACGAGAUAACGUACGAAGAAUUUCGUGACUAAGUGAUGAAAUAUAUCCGUCAAUGGAAUCGAUUCAUACUAUUAUUACUCGAAAUACGAUGAUGCAGAAAAAAAUUGCGCCCACCUCGUGCGGCUCGCGUGACGGCGUCGCUUUCUCCACCGUGUGAAUACUUAACGAACUGGGAUGCUUACGAGACGCCUUUUAGGAGGUCACUUUAGAAGACGCAAAAGUGGGACGUCGCUUUCAGUAGAUCUCUCUCGGUUCGCACAUAGAACAGAACGAGGAGGAGAGGGGAUAAUAGAAACUAAGGGGAUGUAUCCCGGCUCCCCGCAAAUACUCGAAACGUUCUUUAGGUGUGUGUAACCGUGUGCACGCGAAUCGUAUGUGGAUGUGUAUGUCCAUAUGAGUGUGUGCCCGUAUGCGUGUGCCCGGAAAUUCUGUGUACCGGCCGCUUUUCUGCCUCGAUCCAACGAGAUGCCAACGGGGAUGAAAGAUCGAUAGAUCGACAAACGGAUCCCCUGUUAACGCGAUUGAUAUUCGAAAGGAGAAAACGAAAGGACAUUCGUUUCGAUUUUCGUCUACUCAAGUUUCGAAGAGAAUUAACUUGUCCGAUCAAACGCUCUAGAAUAUCAAUCGCUCUUUCCGUUUCAACGGAGGGGGAGAGGGUGUAUCCUCGAGAUAAUUCCUGCUUGUAAAUAAAACGAAUACGGAUGAUUAUCAGCAACUCGGCUGGUAAUUCUAGUUACUAAUGGGCAAACGAUAAUGGCGAACGAUCCCGGGAGAGAAGACUCCACCAUUCUCGACUAAACGCGGAACUCGAUGUGGCUGUUCAACGAAACUCAAUUUACCAAUCCUACUCCUCGAAAUUCUUAUUUUAGUUUAAAAUAAUACGAGCCAAGAAAGGGGAGAAGAUAUAGAAUAGGACACCCCUCGAGUUCCCUAAUCAACAACAACCCUCUCUCUCGAGUAACCAGUCUAGUGCGAUACCGAUGUAACGUUGAUUGUAUAUAUCUAUACAUAAGUAUACAUAUACAUAUAUAAAUAUAUACAUAUAUACAUAUGAAUAUACAUAAUAUACAUACAUAUGCAUACACACGAAGGUGCAUAUGAGUACCUAAAUAAAAAAAAAAAAAAGAAAAGAAAAGAAAACUACCUAAAAAAAAAAAAAAAAGGAUCGACGGAUCAUCCUCGAGCGACCAUCUUCGUCGAAUUCCGCCAUUACCGGGUGCAGGUUCUCUCCCUUUCUCGAUUUCCGGCGGAUUCUCGAACGAAUAUCGUCGCUCGAGGAAAGCGAAGAAAAAAUACGUUUAGAAAGAAAUACGUCGAGCAAGCCGUCGAGAUAAAUAACGAAAGGGAAAUUAGAGGGGUUGAAAAGCGACGAGACGACUAGGGAACGAAUAUUAAAGAGAUAAUAAAAAAGAAAAAAAAAAUAAAAAACGACACAACGGUGCGGAUGUGCGAGAGUGUACGAUAGAUAGAUGAGAGAGAGAGAGAGAGAGAGAGAGAGAAGAAAAGAGAGAGUAUUGCAUUGGAGGGUGUGUGAGCGUGCGAGUGGACGAUGCGAACAAGAAGCGCGAGUAUUUGUUAUAAUAUUAUUAUACGGACGACUAACGAGUUGCCGAGGCGUUGGUAAAUAAAUACGAAAGGGCUCCCCAAAGGGCCUCUGAAAUUAUAAAAA